UUCAUCGCGGUUGACUGUUUGACCGUGAAUGACUUGCGAGGAAAAUACUCGCCGCUUAUUGACACGAAGACUUCGAAACCGACUAAAACCUAAGACCCCUCAAUAUAAAUACCUCGCUUCCUUUCUUAUUCCCAUCUCCGUCACCCUGCAUCUGCGUCUUCACUCUCUGCUCUUCUUCGCACUCACUCGAGUUUCCCACAAUGGCAAACUCUGUCUUCCUCUUGAUCUUGGCCUUGAUGGCCACGUCCGCUUUUGCUCAGACUCAUGCUCCCGGCGCCUCCCCUGCCGCUUCCCCUAAGCGCUCCCCGGCCCCAGUGUCCGCUCCUAAGUCACAUUCUCCUCCGGUGUCGUCUCCGCCGUCCAUGGCCCCCACAUCUGCCCCAGCGGCCACCGUCACCCCACCGGCUUCGUCCCCAGCCACCUCUCCUCCUGCUCCUCCGAUGGCUCCCGCCGCCUCACCCACUGUCUCGCCAACCGCCUCUGCACCGAGCAUUAGUGAGACGCCAUCACAGGCUCCCGGAUCUCCGGCUCCCAAGAGCGGCGCCGUUCUGAACAGAGGCGCACUGUUCGGAUCUGCAGCCGCUGUUGCUGUGGCAGCCGGUUUUCUUCUUCAGAUCUGAGGUGGUCGUAGCGUGGUUUCAUGGGUAGGGUUUGAUAUUGUUAGUAUGUGAAGGAGAGUAUGAUCCACAGUACAUUUCUUGAUUUGGUAUUUUAGUGAGAGAGGUAGGAUUUUAGAGAUGGGCGAGAUAGUACUAUACAUAGUAUCCCGUAUUAUUUUUCUCUGGUAUUGGGGUUGAUUUUGAUUGUUUUUCAGUAUCAUAUUUUCAUAUUCUGUUUGUUCGUUGC